CAUCAGUGAUUGUGUGCCUUUGAAAAUCCGCAUACAAGCAUCGGCAGGUUUUGUUAGUGCCAGCGCUCUUGGAAUGGCCUGUGGUCCUGCAUUAGCUGGCUUACUGCAGACGAAUUUUAAGAUUUACAAUGUUACAUUUAAUCAAGAUACUUUGCCAGGGUGGGUUAUGACUAUUGCUUGGCUUAUUUAUUCAAUAUGGCUGUGGAUCUCUUUUGUGGAACCUUCUCGUGAAUUUGAAGAGGACCGUAAAACAGAUAAAUCUCAGAAAUCUAAUGCUGGUACCUCUACUGAUGACUUUUACUUUUUCUAUUGUGAUCUAGCAAGAUAGUUAAUCUGUAUCAUGCCAUCUCAUUGUUAAUCAUUAUAGAAAAUCAUCUAUGACUGCAAUAUAUCCUUGCACUAUUUUCAUUCUGUAAAGCAUCAUACAAGUAAUAGAAAAUGACACUUUUUCCCUUACUAGUAGAAGACAGUGAUGCACUUGAAAAGGGGCUACAGCAACCAUUGCUGAUUACUUCGGAAGAUAAGGUAGAUGAAGAUGCUGAUCAGGAUAAUGAUGAUAGCGAGGAAGCUCCAGAGGAAUCUCGUCAGCCAGCCACUUCAAUUGGAUCGGCAUAUAGACUCCUUACACCUUCUGUAAAGGUUUGUGAGCAACUCUAAAUGUCAUACUAUCAAUCCACUAGAUGUUUUGCAAGUUAUUUAUGUUCUAAUUGUUUGAUCUUGCAAUUCACAAAGUUCCAAUUGAAUUCAAGAUAAACGGUCCUGACCAAGUUUACUUAACAUCUUCAGGUUCAAUUAUUGAUAUAUUUCAUGCUCAAAUAUGUGAUGGAGAUUUUACUAGCAGAAUCUAGUGUCAUCACAACAUACUACUUUAAGUGGUCAACUGGCACAGUUGCCAUUUUUCUUGCUGGCCUUGGUUUGACAGUUCUUCCUAUAAACAUUAUUGUUGGAAGCUAUGUAAGCAACUGGUUUGACGACAGGCAAAUUCUGUUGGCAUCAGAAAUCAUGGUUUUAAUUGGCAUAGUCUCGGCCUUUCAUGUAAUCAUUCCAUACUCUGAGCUGCAGUACAUCUGUUCAGGUCUUCUCAUGUUUGUUUCUGCUGAAGUACUUGAAGGUAACAUUUUACUAGUAAUUUUCUUUUCUAUUUUGGUAACUGCCGAAAUUGAAAAAGAAAAUUCCGAUUUUAUAAUUGCAAGUGAUAUAUUUGUAAGUUAUCAUUAUAAACAUGUAGUAUAUUUAUUACUGAAUUGCACUUAUGGUGAUAAAAUUAUAGUUGUACAUGCUCUGAACCAACUAAAAUUGUAUGUGUUUCUAUGUCGAGUGAAGAAAGUUAGUGUUGGUACAAAUUUUGUGAAAAAGGAAAAAAGUUUGUGAUGUUGUUGUUUUUGGUGGCUUUAAUGUAACUAGGAGUUUAUAUGCAGGGGCAUCAACAAGAUAACGGAUGGGCAUGUGGAUAUUAUGUCA